UCGAGGCGCAUGCGCAGUCGCUCUUCCUUAGGCAGCAGCCAUGGCGGGACAAGAGGACCCGGUGCAGCGGGAGAUUCACCAGGACUGGGCGAACCGGGAGUACAUUGAGGUCAUCACCAGCAGCAUCAAGAAAAUCGCAGACUUUCUCAACUCGUUCGAUAUGUCUUGCCGUUCAAGACUCGCAACACUAAACGAGAAAUUGACAGCUCUUGAACGGAGAAUAGAGUACAUUGAAGCCAGGGUGACAAAAGGUGAGACCCUCACCUAGAAUCGUGCCACACUGCUGCUGGGAAGUUGCUUCUACAGAACACAGGCCCACGUGGGAAAAGCCCCAGCAGCCUUCAGCUCCUUCCUCUCUCCUUACAGAACAACAGGGCUUCUUCUUGUUUUUCUUUUUUUCAAAAAUGUGGCCUUUGGGCUCUGCCAUGUACACCCAGGAGCGUGAGGUGGCACGUUGGGAGGGGGCCAGGGGAACUCUCGGCAACGUUAGUCGUUUUUACCUUUUCGGAAACAUUUUGCAGAACUACUUGUCAACAUAUUUGAGGCGCUAAGAGCCAAAAGCCUGAGACUGUCACGGUCCUCCCCACCUCUCUCUCUCCCUCUCUCAGCCUUUCUUUGCAGCUCUCAUCGCCUCUGCAUUAAUUCUACAGUCUUUGUCUCCUCCCCACCUUUGGCCGGGGAUGGGAAGCAGUCCUGGCUG